AUGAAAAGCGAUUCGUUGGGACAGCUUAGUAGAGUUCCUUUUAACGUCGUUUACGGUGUUGAUGAUCCCAGCGAGAAACUAGACAUUUUUAACUCGCUCUUUAAAUCUUGUUGGGACAAGCACGCUCCUCUGCGUAGAACUAAGAUCACGCGACCCCCUGCGUCCUGGUUGAACAAGGAAGACAUCAGGAAACGUGAGACUAAUAGGUAUUUAGCGCACAAAAGCAACCUAGCAAGUGUCUGGAAUCAUUUCGUGAGCUGCGCCACAAGAUCACGAGUAAGAUCAAAUCAGUUAAACGUGCUUUUCUUAGGAGGGCCCUAUCAUCCAAUAAACCCAAAGGACUGUGGAAUACCAAACAUCGUAUUUUACAUCCCAGUCCCCAGCCAAUCAAGGCGGACUCUGACGCGCUGA